AUGAUAGACUUUGGGGAAGAUGAGUGGCAAGAUGAGUGGGAGUGGCCUGCAGACUGCAAGGCUCAGCGAGAGAUGGAAAGCCAUCUACGUUGUCAGAUCUGUGGCGAUUAUUUCCACGGCCCUGUUUUGCUUCCUUGUUCGCAUACAUUUUGCUCUGCCUGUGUUCGGAGAUUUUUGCAGAGUAAAGGGGCGCAUGGCUGCUGUCCGUCAUGCAAACAUCCUUGUACAUCGCGAGAUUUAGUGCCAAAUCGCGCAUUAGAGCAAGUAACACUGCUCUUUGAGACGUCAAAGCCAGAACUACUGAGACGACUGCAAUGUACAACAGUGCCUAGUUCAGCAACUUGUACACCCACAACAGAGAAGGGUAAGAUUAAAAAGACGAAAUACGACAAGCCGGAACGAUUGCCGGUUAUGUCGUACAGUGUUAUGCGGGACAAGGAGGUGAGGAAGCUAUUGGACUCGAUUAAUGUCCGAGUGCCGACCAAGAAUCGGGAAGAGAUCAUUCAAAUUCACAAAGAGUAUGUGCUACUGUCGAAUGCUCAGGCGGACUCAGUGAAUCCAAAAAGUAUCAAAGAACUUCGCGAGGAAGUAGUGCGGAAUCAUUAUGCACGAAUGCAGCAAAAGGCCAAGACAGAUGCAUUCAAACGCAGUCAUAGCGGGGAUGAAAAUGCUGCAAGUGGAAAUAUAGCGUCACCAUCGUCCGGGGUCACGAUACAAAUGCGUGCUAAUUUUGAGAAACUUCGACAAGAUAUUGCAGACCGAAAAGCAGGAAAGACUUUAUCGAAUUCGACACAAACGACCACUGGAUCACUCACAAAUACACCAGCACAGGCAACUUCAAAGGACGACGAUGACGUUGUAUCGGCUGUAGGUGUAUGGCGUCACUUUUGUGCUUUGGACACGAGUAUCAAACAGGAAUUCUAUGUAAAUUCGGUUACACAUGAGAUUCGAACGGAGCUGCCUUCGCCACUUGUUCAAGAGCAGUCGCCCGCGAAUCGCUAUGACGAUCUAAAUGGUGUAGCGCGUGCUUUUGUAAGGAAGGGAUCCACCGAUGUGAGUCCAGACGAUGAGGUGAAGGUAGCAACUUCGGUAAAAGGCAAGACUAAAGCACAGCGAGCAAUCGCACCAGCUUUCGCUUCACCCGAUGCAACCUCAGAGCUUCAAAACGCUAGUGAGGGUAUUGUGAUUUCUGAUAAUGGACAUUUAGAGGAGGGUACAGAUGAGGUAAGUGGGGACAAGAAAAGAGAAGGCUUUGGUAAGCGCGCUAGAAGCGAUGAUGAUACCGAUGCAGCGAAUGACUUGAUUUACGCAAUCGAAGACACAAAUGAGACGCCAAGCAAAUGGCAGUGCUCGCGAUGUACACUAAUUAACGAAGACAACUGUCACCAGUGCGAAGCUUGCGGCUACGAACCUACUUUACUAUUAUCUCGCAAGUUGUUUCCAUUACGAGGCAUCGAAGAAUGGCUGCGUAAUAUCUAG